AUGCGAGUCAAACCCAUCUCAGAACCUCCAACGAUCCCAGUCACGUACGUCCGUGGCGGAACCAGUAAAGCGCUGUUCUUCCAUGAGGAUGAUAUUCCACCUCCAGGAGAUCAACGUGACCGAUUCCUGCUGCGGAUGAUGGGAUCUCCAGACCCAAUGCAGAUUGAUGGAAUGGGGGACGUGGACGUGGGUUAUACUUUUGCACAAGUCGGGAUCGAGACAGCCACGGCCGGAUAUGCAGGAAACUGCGGAAAUAUCUCGGCUGCCGUGGGUCCAUUUGCUGUGAAUGAAGGGUUGCUGAAGGAAUCUAGACCCGGGUUGAGCUUAGAUGGGAAACUCAAGACAAUGGAGGUUCGUAUCUAUAACACAGGUACCAAGAAGGUCCUAAUCUCUCAUGUACCGGUGGAUGAUAGCACUGGAAGAACGCUAGAGAGCGGAGACUUCUCCAUUGCAGGUUGUCCCGGUACUGGGGCUCCGAUACUCAUGGACUAUACUAGCGUAAUCGGCGCAACAUUAGGGCAGGGAAUAUUUCCGACUGGUAAUAGGAUUGACGAGACUGAGAUCAACGGAAAAUGUGUUCCAUUCACGGUCUGUGACGUUGGAAAUAUAGUCGUUUUUGCCAGAGCUGCGGAUCUGGGAAUAUCGGGGCAUGAGUCUCCAGCCGAAAUCGACAAGAACGAGACAGUUUUGGCGAAUGUGAAACAGCUUCGUGGAAAAGUUGCAUAUAAAGUGGGCAUGUGCAGAAACUGGGAGAGAGUGGACGAGGAGUCGCCCAUGAUACCCAUGAUCGCAUUAGUUUCCCCUGCCACGGACGACAGGGCAUACCUUCAGUCAAGGCUCUUUCUAGACAACCGGUGCCACUCCAGCAUGGCGGGGACAGUUGGCAUCUGCACUGCAGCCUGUAGUCGAGCUCGAUGGACACUUGUCCAUAAUAUACUUGAUCCAGUGGACAUCAAGAGCAAGAUCGUGAACAUCCAGCAUCCGUCCGGAAUUUUGCCCAUUUCUGUCGAGCAGCAUCCUACCACCGGAAUCAAGCCAAGCGGGGAAUUUAGUGCUGCUGGGCUCGUCAUGCUCAAUGAACACCCUCCCUGUUUUAUUGAAGGGAUUGUGUUUUGUGCUUACGUGAGUGCACUGAAUAUUUCCGAAAGUUAA